AAAUAAAUUAAACCAAAUGGGGAAAAAGCAACAGCGAGCAGCAUUCUCUCCGCUCCACACUAAUACUGAUUGUACUGAUUGGUCUUCGUCGUCUCUCCCCCCCCCCCCCCCCUCUCUCUCUCUCUCUUUCUCUCUCUCGCUUUGCGCUUACGGCGUACCCCUGAGAAAUGGCCGAGGAUCGAAUCCGAUUUGGCAUUUUGGGAUGUGCGGAGAUCGCUCGUAAAGUGUCUAGAGCCAUUACGCUCGCCCCUAACGCCUCUCUCUACGCCGUCGGUAGUCGCUCCAUCGACAAGGCCUCGAGAUUCGCCGCCGACAAUGGCUUCCCGCCGUCGGCCAAGGUCUACGGCAGCUACGAUGCUGUCCUUGACGACCCCGACGUCGACGCUGUCUACGUUCCCCUCCCCACGAGCCUCCACGUGUCAUGGGCCAUCGCCGCUGCCCGCAAGAAGAAGCACGUGCUCCUCGAGAAGCCUGUGGCUCUUAACGUCGCCGAGCUCGACGAGAUCCUGCAGGCUUGCGAAUCCAACGGUGUUCAGUUCAUGGACGGUACCAUGUGGAUGCAUAACCUGCGCACGGCCAAGAUGCGAGACUUCCUCUCCGACGCGCUGCUUUUUGGGGAGCUCAAAGUGAUAAAUGCCUGCUUCACGAUUGGUGCUGAUCCUGAUUUUCUCAAGAAUGAUAUUCGUGUUAAACCAGACCUCGAUUCUCUGGGUUGUCUUGGUGAUAUGGGGUGGUACUGCAUCAGGGCAAUUCUGUGGAUUGCAAACUAUGAACUGCCUAAAACAGUCAUCGCUCUGCAUGGGGCUGUUUUUAAUGAAGCAGGGGUGAUCAUAUCCUGUGGGUCGUCCUUACAAUGGGAAGACGGGAAAGUGGCAACUUUCCAUUGUUCAUUCAUAUCCAAUUUGACCAUGGAUGUAACUGCAAUUGGAACAAAGGGGACUUUGCAUCUUCGUGAUUUUGUCGUUCCAUUUAAUGAGAACCAAGCAUCAUUUUCAGCUGCUACAAAAUCUGGGUUUACUGAACUAGUGACCGGAUGGAACUCAGUGCCAAGUGAACACACAAUUGCCAUGGACAUUCCACAGGAAGCACGCAUGGUGACAGAGUUUGCUGGGUUGGUUAAAAGUGUUAAAGGAAGUGGUUCAAAGCCCGAAGAGAAGUGGCCAACCAUCAGUAGGAAGACCCAGCUGGUGCUUGAUGCAGUGAAGGAAUCGAUUGAUAAAGGUUGCAAGCCAGUCAAAGUCGUGUACUAGAUUGAAUUAUCUUGUAUUCAGUCUUUGUUUGGAAUUGGAAUAUUCUGUAUGUUGUUAAGUUCAACUUGGUUGUCGCGUGUGCUUGGACAUCAAAGGCAGCUGCCGUCGAGGUUUGUGAGUGUUUUGUUGUUGUUGUAUGAAUCUACCACUUGUAGCCAGCCAAAAAAAUGGGGAAAAUAAAAACCUGCGCUGUGGUGAAGGGGAUCACUUGCUUUGCAGUUUGAUUGUUCACAAAUAAAUGUAUCUCCCAUGACUGUAUGGGCAUUUGCCUGGAAAAAUCAUUAGUAAGCAAAUAUGAAAAAGCUAGAAGUUUGGGAAA